GAACACUCCACUACGGAUGUUUGUUCUUCUGACUCUACCCUGCUACAGCGCACAUGGGCAGGUCAAUCCUUUUGGAAUUCCAGUCUCCGUCCAUGCUGGGAAGUUCUACGGCACGUCUCCCAGAGAUCACAUCUGCGGCGGGGUUAAUUAUAGAAGUCUAGAUUUCACCUGCUGUGAAGGAGUACGUCAUGAAGGGGCGGGGCUGUCCUGCUGUGGAAACAGGGUCUUUAACCCCACCCAGGCUUCCUGUUGUAAAGGUCAGUUAACUCUGAAUGUGAGCCAGCUGGUGUCAGAUUGCUGUGGGUGUAGGCCCUACGACCCACUCAACCAGCUGUGUUGUGACUCACGGAUCCUAACCAGGACCCAACCUCAUGCCAAGUGUUGUGGAAAAGAGCUUUACGAUGAAGACCACCAGCUUUGCUGUGGAAAUGUUUUGAAAGGAAGGAAGGUCCUGGCCAAAAUGUCCAGUCACCACCGAUGCUGUGGAGACCACCAGUUUGACCAGCAAAGCCACUGCUGCUGCUCUGAAACACUAUCCCCAGAGCCUCUCAAUGCAAGCUGCUGUGCAUCAUCAAGUUCUAAUGACAGGGGAAAUGACGCGAGUUCUCCAAACUGUAUGCCAGGGGAGAGGCCCGAGGGUUGCUGUGUGAACCAUACAUCCUGCCAGGGGCAUCGACACUCCCACCUCCAGAACUCUGCGGAAACACGCAGCCACACCCCAGGUCUCCACGAUGAUGCUGGCUGUGGCUCUCAGGUUUACAAUCCAGACAAGAAGACCUGCUGUGCCGGGAAACUGUCCAAUAGGGUGCUCGGAAAAAACCUGUGCUGCGGUAAAACUCCCUAUGCUGUAGAGGACCGACGGGUGCUGUGCUGUAACCAGAUGUUGCACCGUGGGGUGGAGGCUGGGCACCAGUGCUCCCCAGGUGGCCACUUGUAUCUGCCAUCCCGUGAAAUUGUGUGUGAGUCACGCGUUCAUCUCAACGAUCUAGGCAAACACUGCUGUGGAGAAGAGACCUACGACCCUCAGGAUGAAAUCUGCUGCAGCGGACACAAACACCGCAGGUUGGGGAACAUGUCCUGCUGCGGAGGGAAGGCCUACGACCCCAGCAGUGGCCAGAUGAAGUGCUGUGCAGGGACUCUGUACGACCUGCAGGUUCAGGACAGGCUAUCAGAGGAUGCCCAGUGCUGUGGGAAUAUCCUGAUGGAGGCCGGCUCCACCUGCUGCUCCGCCCCAGGACUAGACCUGCUCUACCCUACCCAGCCAGGGUUCACCUGCUGUGGGCACCGCUACCCCAACUCCUCCCUGUGGUCUUGCUGUGCGGGCGUCCUGCACCCAAGGACUGAACGAAACACCACCAGCAUGAACAUGAUUCCAGGACUUAGGAUUCUACCACUGGGGGACCUGAAGACGGAAAAGUUGUGUGACAACAAAGUUCUGCUAGGGACAGUGGAGAGUGUGUCUGUGAAGAAGAAUACGCGAUCCAUCGUGAUGGUGAACGUCAUGUCCAUGCAGGCCUGGCGUGGCCAUGUCAACGCUCUGCCUUCCCCUCACUACCUCACAUUACCCGACCACUGCAGCUCUCCUGAAUUGGUGCCAGGCAACACUUACCUCUGGGUGAAAACAAGACAUUUCUCAGACACCAUAAACGUAAUCUCUGAUCUCAGCGACCAUCCCUCCCCUCUCCAUUCCAUCCUCUCCAGGUGCUCAAAAUGAUACAUUUAACCACGUUGAGGGUAUACAGUGUUUGUUUAUAAAUAAUGGCACAAAAAAAGCAGUAACAUUUUACUUGACAUCAGUGACACAGUCAUGUCCAUUUCAUAAUAUGUCAUAACAGCUGACAACCUGUCAUAACGUUUAUGAUAUGGUCAUAACACUGUCAUGACAUAUAUUUAAACUUGUUGUGACGUAUAUUGAGUUAUUUUAUCGCUGGUUACGACACCUACAUAAGAGUGUAAAAACACACAAAGCCUACUACGGUAGUUAUUUUAUGGCUUACGACACCAACAUAAGAGCGUAAAAACUCACAAAACCUACUACGGUAGUUAUUUUAUGGCUGGUUAUAGCACCUACAUAAGAGUGUCAAAACCAACAAAACCUACCACACCAGACAAAACAUUCCAUUACACCAUAGCCUACAUGUCAACAGUAUGUUUAUGCUAAUAUAUAUAUGCAGACACACGCAUAUAUGCACACACUGUAUAUAUUUUUUUAAUUGACCAUAUUAAAUUAUCAUUGUGAUUAUGCACACAUUGAUGACACACAUGCCCAUACUGCAAUGCUCUGUUGCUGAUGACUGGGAUGAAUGUAGGAGCAGAUUUCAAGAGCAGGACAAGGCACACUCUUUUUUUUGACUGAUAUAAGGGCAUGUAAAGCGUAUCUGGCUUAUAUAAUUAUGAUGGUCAUAAUGCUUCUUGACAUGGUCAUUAAAGUGAAUUUUCUUAGUCCAAGUAAAGUGACAGGAUGGCCAUCAAGCAUCAUGACAGUGUCCUAAAAAAACGUGACUGGAAAGAAUUCACAACAACGACAAAAGGGUGUAAGAAACCGACUUUCAAACCAAAGGAAAUUGCACUCUUCUUUAGGUGUCAUUGUCAGCCAUAGAAUAACGCUCUCUACAGUAUGCCACAACAGGUAUAAAUGUAUGGGUCAUGACAGUGUUAUUACCAUAUGACACUGGGUGGCAAGUGAAGUUUGAGCAAAAAGCUUAUAUUUUUGGUUCUGAUGGGGUAGGACAGUUGAACUAAGCAAAUGAGGCAUGAGUUAUAUUCUUCAAGAAACAAUUUGUAUGUCAUUCAUUUAAAAGUCCAAAAAUGUAUGUACAGUAGCUAUCACGGAUUGUCCCUUUUAUGUCAUCAAUAGAUGUUUAAGUUAUUUUUUGAUUUGCUUACAAAAAUCGACCACCGUUUAUGGUCUCUCAAGGAGACAUGUCUCAGGAUAAGCCAUAUUUUAUGAUGUUUGUCUGGGUGGUGUUUUCUGUUUAUGACGAAAGUUCCUUUAAUGUUAAUGCAAUUGUAUUGUCUUCGAUUCCCUCCUUCAAUUCCAUACCGAAGCUAUUUCUUAAUUGAAAGUUAACUUGUUCUACGUGACACUAACAGCGUAGGAGUAAACCUGUCUGUGAAGUGAUUUGUGGUGGUGGUGGUGGGGGGGGGGGGCAGCAGGUCGUUACAUACUCGCCCACUCCUACAAGCCUCUGAGACUCGUUCCACCUAUGCAAUAACAUCCCAGGGCACUGGGUCAAUGAGCAGAGUAUGUUAAUGAAUAAAGUAUUGUGAAACUAUGUAGAGAUGAGACGGAAUGUUUAUUAUGUAGUUGACAACCGCCUGGUUCAUCACAACUGACUGAAUCUGAGGUGACCUCAGACAGAAGAGACGUUGCCUGAAACUGGAAGUUGGGUCGCCAUGAGCCAUGCUUUUCCUCAGGGUACACCUUUACACAAUGAGGUUGAAGCCCGUGGGGCCGGAGUUGAAGACCCAUCAAAGUUAUUCCACCACGGCACAUGAUCGGUGGUAAGUGUCACAAUUUAAAUUUUACAUUGAUAAGUUGUUUUGUAAUGGUUGAUUAUAUAUAUUUAUUUGCACAGCAGAGCUCAAUACUACAGACUGUGUGUUUGUCAGUAUUCUUACAAAUGCAUACUGUAUUACAUAGAGACUUUGAAGAAUAAAGCGAUCUUCUCUCGAACACAUUAAAUGUUAGGGGUGGACCCCUCAAGACCUUAGGUGUUUUAUUACAUUACUUCUUGUUGUAAAUUGUAAGUUACUGUAAAUAACCUAAAUGUUGUACUAAUGUUUUUACAUUUGUAUAGUGUGUUUUCUUGCAGACAUUGGCUGUGUGAAAGUAAGUUGUUGUUAGUCAAUUGGUUUGUAAGUAUAUAGCACAUGUAACUGUCUUGUAUUGCAGGUAUUGUUUGUCAGCACGUACAUCAUUUUAUAUUUUCCCAUUUGUAUAUUGUAUGUGAGCUGAAUGAGUCUGCUUUCUGGUAAAUAUUUUAAACUUGCUCGAAUUGGAUGUGAAUGUUUACAUUUGUGUAGUAAAUGUGUUCAGUUGCCCACUUCCUUACUGGUUCUUAUCCCUUAUCACUAGCCAUUACUCUUUUGUGUCCAAUUCCAAUUCAAACUAGGCCAGGGUUGGUUUGGAAUUGGACAUUGGUUUCUAGUUAGGGUUGACAUAUCUGGAGGUUCUAGAUUUGUGUAAGUAAUAUGGCAGAAGUGUCCCAGAGCCCAUUACACAGCAGGUUGGAGACCAACUGAAAAAAUAAGUGCUUAAUUAAAAUUUGAGGCUUGUACCUUGAUGUGGUGAAGUAACUUUUUAACUAAACCAGGUGCAUGUUAUUGAAAAUUAAUUAACCUUUGUUUUUGCUUUUUCAUCCUGCCUCCUCCCCUCUUUAGUCUGCUUUUGGCCAUAUUCCAAAACGGAGGCGACAAGACGAUAACCAGCUUAAGUCAAAUUUAAGCCCCUCUUCGAAGACUGGCUGCCUGCCAAGGACAAGUGACAGCAAGAACUAGCCGCAGCACCUCCAGCCCCUUUUCCCCACAAUUACUGUGUUAAGGAAAUAAAU